AUGGGCGCACUCAGCGGUUAUCGCAGCGCCAUCAAGAGUCUGUACAUCGACCAAGGUGUUCCCUUGCCUGAGCCAUACAACAUCGAUAUGAAAGUCAUUUUCUCUGGUAUUCGGAAGACAGUAGCCCAAGACUUACAAAGUGGCAGCAAUGAGUUCACGGGCAAGAAGCCAAUGACGUUUUUGUUUAAGCACCUCUGUGCGAUCAGCAUGGGCCUGCCUGAUUGCCGGAACGAAAAAUAA